AAACGUGGCAUGAGGUCACCGUCCAUAAACUGUCUCCGCCCGAAUCCUUCCCCCCCAAUCGCCUGAGCGAGACCAGACGUCGUUUCAAACGGUUCAAAACACCCAUUGCAAUUCAAACGGGAACGACUUUCGCGCUCAUCAGGUUCUUCGCUCAGACAUGAACACCAUCAGAUCAGUCGGUUACGGUUGGCUCGUCUUGAUCGCCGCCGGCGGCGGCGCGUACUACUUCGCCAAGCAGCACGUCAACGCGGACCGGGAAGAGAAGUACCGCCAGAUGCAGGAGCGGCGCGCGAUGAAUGCGCGGUACGCCGAGCUGGAGCGGUCGCAGCACGCCUCGGCCCUCAACGGCUCGGACCACGCGAGCCAUCCGGCGAUGGAGGCGAGCGCCGACCCGGCGCCGACCCGGCACGCGCCCACGACGCAGGGCCAGCAGGUGGAGGAGAAGAGCAAGUACGAGGCGAGCGAGGUGUGGAGGAGCAAGAAGGGCGAUCGGCUGCGCUGACGAGCUGGGUGGAACAGCAUACGCUUGUUCACGUUGCGCAUCUGGCGGGAGGCCAUUGGAAGGCGCAUUGUACAAAAUAGGAAAGGAAAUAGAAGGAAAAAAAAAACAAAGGGAAAAUAUGUUCUUAACUUGAACCUGUGUAGGGACGUGGAGCCGACGUGGCGGGGAAAGUAGAAAAUUGUAGCUCUUUCUCUUCUCCUAGAAAUGUUCGAAUCCACGGAGCCAACGGAUCCGCAAAAGGCGAAAACACGUUCAGUAAGGAUUGAGCCGUGUGCUGGUCUGAACCGUGUGAUUGGUAUCAACGUGUGGCCGGCCAAAAGUGCGGUCUGCUACAACGUCGUGUUUCCUUCACCUC